AUCUACAACCGGUGGCGGAUAGUAAACAGAGAGUUGCUUUAUCUGAAGUCAGUCGUUGCUGUCCAACGGUGCUGAACGGUUUGGAAAUCACAUUAAAUCACAAUGGGUUGGCAAAGACCAAGCGAACCGACGAUCCCAACCGUUUGGUACACGUUCCAGGCCAAGGAUCCCGACAAUGGUGACCAGUUGGCUACCUAUCGAGUGGAAGAUCUGACCGAAGAUCGCUACGAUGACAUGGUCCGACACUACACGGAGAACUUUGUGAAGGAUGAACCGUUAAGCGAGAACAAGCAGUUGUUCCAGGAUGAACUGAGCAUGGCGGAAAUUACCGGUUUCUGGCAGUGGUGUUUCGAGCAGAAAAUGACGAUUGUGUGCUACAAAGAAGGUUCCGACGAGAUUGUUGGAGCUAAUCUGCUGCACGUGAAGCAGGCCGAUGAUAAUGCUAGCUGGGAUAUGAUCCAAAGCAAAAAGAUUCACGACAUUAUCGCGAUCAACGAAUAUAUGACGGACCAGUGCAGUAUCUUCAAGAACCACAACGUGGACCGGUAUCUGACGGCGUACGGCUUGGCCAUCAACCACCGCUACCGGGGGCGAGGGAUAGCAACGGAAAUACUGAAGGCGCGGAUUCCGCUGUGCCGGGCGUUCGGGAUACGAGUGACCGCAACCAACUUCACUGCCAUCGGAUCGCAAAAAGCUGCCGAGAAAGUCGGAUUCAAGAGCGAUCUUGAAGUGACUUACGACGAUUUUGCCAAAAUGGGACCGAGGUACGCAUUUCCGGGAAUUAAAUCGAAAAGUUUGAAUCUGAUGAGCUUAAUAAUCGAGUAGGCCACAUAUUUUAACCGGUACAAAGGGCAAUGACGCAGCAGUUAAAGUAAAUCUAGUCUGAUACAAUAAAACAAUGAAUCAUAGCAAUCGGGGCAGGCUGAUAAGAGAGUUGCCACUCGACGAAUCUACCCUUA